AUGCCCGAUGGCCGCAUCCAAUAUUACUCAUCCGAGGACGAAAUUUACAUCCCAUUUGCUCUUUACGACUAUGAGCAAUUCCGUGCCACUCAUCCAGAGGGACCCGAGAUGCACCCUCAGUUCCUGCUUCCUGAGGUAGAGGAAGACCAAGACGAGACUGAGUGCUACGAAGACAAGAAUAAUGAAGAAUUCUUCGAAAUCUCGCCCCAGGACAUUAUGGGUCUUCGCAACACCGUUCAAGAUGAUUCCGAACAGGAUGACACUGCCAGGAACGAGGACAUGUCCGAAAUUAUUCUCCCUGUUAGCUAUGCCCAGGCGGCCGCUGGCGACGACGAGAAUCAACGGACAUUCGACAGUUGGGAUGCUGACUUUGAGUUCAGUGAGGACGCCAGGAGCGAGAUCAGCUCUGGCUUCGUUCAUACCCCAGAACGCAUGCGCAGCCCGGAAAAGACUGACGACCAUAUCCCACCGUCACCCUUUAAGCGCCCAUCUAACCCAGAGCCUUGCGAGCGGCCGGAGAGCUACGACGACGACUUCAUCUUCUCUGACGACUCUCAAAUUGCUGAAGAAGUCGAGUCUGACCCAGAGGAAGAGACCCAUCCUCUUGUGCGUCUUCCUUCGCGCGACCAUUACAUCCAGCACACCUCUACUUCCGAGGACCAAGAGGACUCCAACGCGGAGCCCGAGGUCAACAAUACUGGCACCGACGUUGUGCCUGUUUCCACAUCCAUUACUAAGAAGGACACCAACGAGGUCGAGGACCCUUAUGCGCCGCCUACCUCGCGGUACCGUGUCCGUGCGACACAGUCUUCAUGGACCGGCCUCGAGAUUACCAGUUGGGGCUCACACUCCUACAUUCAUGGCGUGGACGGCACGAUGGGUCUUUUCCGUGAGUGGGAGAUUGAAUCCGAAUCCCAGCACAACCAGCUGCAGAAGUGCCGCUUCGGAGGGUUUUCCGACCCUGAUCGCGUACCCCCUCCUCCUGUUAUGCCAGAACACGUCGGCUGGCAGGUGCCUGAACUGAUUCUCACUACGGAUGAAGGCGAGAACUUCUGGCUGGAUGAUUGCCAUUCACGGUACGAGCCGGGCUCUGACGAGUUCCAGUUCGAGGGAAAGCCAUUUGGACACAUUUGCAACGAAAACUGUGCGGAUUUCUUUGAAGAGUUUGGUUGGGACCUGCUCCCUAGCAAGCAACUCGCCCUGCUUGAGGAGAAGAUUGAUGAAAAGGAUGCUGCCAAGGCGGCCGCACAAAAGGAGGCAAAGGAGGCUGCUCGCCUGCAGCAAGAGAAGAUCAAGGAACUGGAGAGGCGUGAGAAGAUCAAGGACUCUGAGGACUGGAAGGGCAUCGCCGCGUUGAAGGAGUAUCUCAUGAACCUCGAAGAGCGGGCCCUCCUGUUGCCCCCCAAGCGGUUCAACAAGAAAGGUCCUCACAUGGUCGGGUGCAUGGCCAUGCCCCAACUUGACACCAUUGCUGAAAUCAACGAAGACUACUCCGAGCAAGACUCAGACUCUGACCGUCGGUCCAGCCUGUCCACCGACAAUAACAGCAAUACCGAGGAGGACGAGUCCUCCGAACUUUCAGAAUUCGAUUCUUUCCAAUCUGACUCGCAACCUGCCGGCAGUGGUCUUGCUGCCCUCCUCAAGGAAGGCAAUGCGAUCUUCAAGCAGAUGAACGAACAGAACGCCCGCGACGCGGCUGAUGCCGCCGCUGCUACUACAGCCCAACAACUGACGGAGAUUAAGCAGACCACCACCUCUUCUGCUCCUAUUACUACCGCUGCUCCCAAGACUAGCGGCUCAACUUACAACCCCAAUGUGAACUGGUCCGACAUCGAUGACGAUGAGGACGACUUUUUUGACGCCGAGGCGCUCGCCUCGUUUGAGCGUGAGAAUGCCGCUCUCCGGGCCCGGACCCAGCGGGCUUAA